AUGAUACCAUGCAUUAACUGGCUGCAGCCUUUCCUUGCCUUGAUCUCCUUCACCUUGCUCACGCGAGGCCAUAUCUGCCCAUCCAGCUGUUUGUGUCCGGACCACCACACUGUGGACUGCACCAGCCAAGGUCUAACCAGAGUCCCAGACUCCAUCCCUCUGGAUGUUCGCCGUCUCCUGCUCUCCAACAACUGGAUUCCCUGGAUCCCCUCCGACUUCUUGGUCCUCUACACCGAUCUGGUCUACCUGGACCUGAGGAAUAAUUCCCUCUCCCAGCUGGAGCCAGGGACCCUGAGCACCUCCUCUAGAUUGGUCUUCUUGGACCUGGGGAGCAACAACCUGACAGAAAUCUCCUCGGGUACAUUUGGGGAGUCAAGGAGUCUGAUCAAACUGCGACUGGGAAACAACCCCUACCUAAACAUGGUAGGCAGGGAUGCUUUCACGGGACUGACGUCUUUGAGGGAGCUGGAGCUGGAGAGAAAUGGUCUCACUGCUCUGGACGUCAUAAUCCUGGAAUCCCUGCCCUCCCUCCGGAUGCUGCGUCUGGAGGGCAACCCUUGGCUCUGCAACUGCCACUUUGCCAAACUGUUUGUGUGGCUGACAGAGAACCUCAACAAGCUCCCACAGGGUAUGGAGGGGAUAGAGUGCUCCCUGCCUCUGGAUGGACGUCGUGUUCCCCUAAGUUUACUCUCUGAAGACAGUUUUCGGGAGUGCCGUGGUACCCUGACCCUCACUGACUACCUCAUCGUCAUCUUCUCCGGCAUCUCCGUCUCAGUGGCGGCCAUCGUGGCCAGCUUCUUCCUUGCUUCCACAGUCCACUGCUUCCAGCGCCUCAGCAAAGGCAGCAAAGGAGAUGAGGAAGAGGGGAACGACUGA